CUCUGUUAGGAGGAGUAAGGGAAUUUGAUUGUCGUCAGAACUGGAUUGCCAUAUGAGUUCUGAAAAGCGUUUGGCUCCUGAGGAUAACUGCUCUAAAAAUAGAUUUGGAGGAGAGGUUUCUCUUGGGUCUAGUUUCGGGUUCCAGCUGAGCUUGCUUAAGAGAACUUGUUUGCUUCUGUUGCAAGACUAAAGUGAGGAUAAAUAAUUUCUUAUUCUGCCUUCAACAUAAAUUUUUGGAGAUAUCGACACACUCUCUCUGUGGAAAUCGAGCACUAAUGUUAUGGCUGACGACACAGAGACUAAGCAUGGAGGAAGCAAGAAUGGAAAGAAAGAAGGCCUCUCUGGAAGCUCGUUUUUCACCUGGUUUAUGGUAAUUGCUUUGCUGGGAGUUUGGACAUCAGUAGCGGUUGUCUGGUUUGAACUUGUAGAUUAUGAAGAAGUUCUAGCCAAAGCAAAGGAUUUCCGUUAUAACUUGUCAGAGGUCCUACAAGGCAAGCUUGGGAUAUAUGAUGCUGAUGGAGAUGGAGAUUUUGAUGUGGAAGAUGCUAAAGUAUUGCUAGGCCUGACCAAAGAUGGCAGUAAUGAAAAUAUUGAUUCCCUUGAGGAAGUCCUUAAUAUUUUAGCAGAGGAAAGCUCUGAUUGGUUUUAUGGCUUUCUCUCAUUUCUCUAUGAUGUAUUGACUCCUUUUGAAACACUAGAAGAAGAAGAGAGCGAAGCUGCAGAUGAUGUUGAUGGCCUUAAAGAAAGAUCUGUCCCAGCACAGCCAUCAUCACCAGAAUCUGAGGAGACCAUCCAACCUGCUGAGAAGUCAUAUGUCGAAUCAGAACACAAGAACGUUGACAUAGAAGCUGAAGAAGAAAUUCAGUCUGUUCUUCAUGAAGCUCUCCAUUCCCAGUCUGGAGAGAGACAUGAAGAUGUUCCUGAAAGUAUAAAUGACCAGUGGCAAGUGAAGGAAGAAAUAUAUGGAGAAAAUUUUGAAGCUCCUACGACAGAUGAUUUUCUCAGAGAAUUAGAGAAUGAAAUACCAGAAGCAUAUGAGACAGCAGACUCAGUUCAGAAAGAAGCUGAUCUUUUGGCAGAUGAUCUUGGAGCAAUGGAGCCUGAACCAUAUGAAACUCCAGUUUCAUAUGAAUAUGAUAUGGGUGUGGAAAAGACAGUAAGUGAUCCAGAAGCUCCAGGUGACUCUGAGCUAACAUUAGAAGAUGCUGUUGAACAUUACACAGAGGAUACAGUGCAGGGGGAUUAUAAAGAAGAACAUGAACCAAAACAUGAAAAGCAGACUGAGACUCAAGAUACAGGUGUUGAAGACCUUCCAGAGGAGGUGAAUGAAGCCAUGGAGCCAGAUGAAAUUAUUGAACAUUUUGAUAUUGAUAAAGACCUGUCAGAGAGUAAGUAUACAGAAGAUGUUGUGGCCACUGAACCAGAGGAAUCAGAAAUACCUGUUCAAGCUGAGGAUUAUUCACAUGACGAUCUAGUGGGGAAGACUGAAAAAGAAACUGAACAAGACAAAACAGAAAAAGCUAAAAAGAAGAAGAAACCAAAGCUCUUAAACAAGUUUGAUAAAACCAUUAAAGCUGAACUAGAUGCUGCAGAAAAGCUACGUAAAAAAGGAAAAGUUGAAGAAGCUCUAAGGGCCUUUGAAUCUUUGGUGAAUCAAUAUCCACAGAGUCCUCGAGCAAGAUACGGGAAAGCACAGUCUGAAGAUGACUUAGCUGAGAAAAUGAGAAGUAAUGAGAUGCUGCAGAAAGCCAUCAACACCUAUGAUGAAGUGGCUAGUCUGCCAAAUGUCCCUUCAGAUCUGAUAAAACUGAGCUUGAAACGAGAAGCAGACAGACAGCAGUUUCUUGGUCGCAUGAGAGGUUCUCUAGUUACUCUACAGAAAUUAGUUCAGCUGUUUCCCAAUGAUGCUUCAUUCAAGAAUGACCUUGGCGUUGGUUACCUCUUGAUAGGAGAUAACAGCAAUGCCAAGAAAGUGUACGAAGAGGUUCUAAGGCUGGCUCCAAGUGAUGGCUUUGCCAAAGUGCAUUAUGGCUUCAUCCUGAAGGCAGAAAACAAGAUAGCAGAGAGCAUACCCUACCUAAAGGAAGGACUAGAGUCUGGUGACCCUGGCACAGAUGAUGGACGCUUUUAUUUUCAUCUGGGUGAUGCCUUGCAGAGAAUGGGAGACAAAGAGGCACACAAGUGGUAUGAACUUGGGUACCAAAGAGGCCACUUUGCAUCAGUUUGGCAGCGCUCCCUCUACAAUGUCAAGGGACUGAAAGCUCAGCCGUGGUGGACAGCAAGGGAAACUGGUUAUACGGAACUGGUGAAGUCCUUAGAAAAAAACUGGAAACUCAUUCGAGAUGAGGGACUUGCUGUGAUGGAUAAAGAAAGAAGCCUCUUCCUGCCUGAGGAUGAGAAUCUACGGGAAAAAGGAGAUUGGAGCCAGUUUACCUUAUGGCAACAAGGAAGGAAAAAUGAGAAAGCUUGUAAAAGUGUUCCAAAAACAUGCACUUUAUUGGAAAGAUUCCCAGAAGCUACUGGUUGCAGAAGAGGGCAGAUCAAAUAUUCUAUCAUGCACCCGGGAACCCAUGUCUGGCCCCACACAGGGCCCACCAAUUGUCGGAUAAGGAUGCAUUUGGGCUUGGUGAUACCUAAGGAAGGCUGCAGAAUUCGGUGUGCCCAAGAGAACAGAACCUGGGAAGAAGGGAAAGUUCUUAUUUUUGAUGACUCUUUCGAACACGAAGUAUGGCAGGAUGCUGAAAAUUAUCGCCUGAUAUUCAUUGUGGAUGUGUGGCACCCUGAGUUAACAGCACAACAGAGACGCACUCUUCCUGCUAUUUAAGGGAUUUCUUCUGAUUCCUAGAGCAAAGGAGCUUGAAACCCUUUAGGGUAUGCCAGUGGAAUUAAUUUAUCCAGCAUACAGAGAAUACUAAUAUUUUAAGGGUUAGAAGAGCUAAAGACGACACUCUGCAAUCACAGAGGACUUGAUUUAAAAAAAAAAAAAAAAGGAAAAAAAGAAUAAUAAUAAAAAAGCCAUGGUUUGUUUCAUACUCAUACGGCACUGAUAUAUAUUGUUUUUCUGGCUGCAAGCUUGAAAAUACAAGUCUUGUCAGCCAGAGAACAAUAGGUCUGGAUUUUCAAACUGAGGAAUGUGCACAUGUUUUUGUCAUGCCUACAUUAUGAGUACAAAACCAGUCAGUCACCUGCCUGGCCAUGUUCAGGCACAAGAUUUGUGAUUCUAUAUCCAGGAAAUACUUCACAGGUUCUUAUCUGGAAAGCAACGUGUAAGAUAUUUAUAAACAUAUGCACACAACCAACUUUGAAAAUCUGUAUGCAGUUGUAAUGUUAGCUGCUUUAGGCAUAGUAUGUGUUCCUAUGUUAUCAACUGUAGAAAAUGUGAAUGGGUUAUGUAUGUUUUGUAUUUUUUUUACCUGAAUAACUGUAUUUUUCUAUCACAAUUACGAACAAAUCUUCUUUAAUCAACCACUAUUUAAAAAAAAAACCCUAUAUAUCUAUGAGUACAUCUCUAGUUAUCAGCAGAAGGAAAACACUAUAUAUGAACAGAUUUAGUUUUUAUCAGGUGUGGCCUUCUCUUGCCUGCCCGGAAAUGCAAACAGAAACUUUCAUAGUCAGCUGUUUAGUUAAGCUUUGUUCUUCUAAAAUGGAAUAGUUCUCUUAGUAGACAGCCUUCAGUUUGGUGAUGUUAUUUUGGGAGAUGCUGAGCAAAUGUGACACCUGUAGGCUCGGAUGAUGAAGUGCUUGACAGUUCUUAGGAUAAUGUAGUGAACUGCUUUUUUCUCCUGUCAUUCAAAAGCUUGUGUUGUGAUAUCCAUUUUCUACCUGACAGGAGUCUGGGGCACCUCCUUCCAAGGGCUCCUUCUAGGCUGCCCUUGGGUGGUCAUUCAGCAGGUAAAAAAUAUAUGAAGAAUCUCUCGUAUUUUGAGCAGAAGGACAAGGUCUAACUUGAUUUCCUGCCAAAAUGCAGAGUGAACAAAGAGCUUCAGGUUAUUAGCUCAUAUUAACCUAUGCUGCCAGCAUCCUGCAGAGUGCUAGAAUGAUCCUUUAAUUGACUUAAUGGUGUUUUCCAUGUCUUGGAAUGUGUGGCAUAAUGCUGAAGCAGUCUUAUCCCACUACUGUUUAGGGUAUCCUCUGUAUUUGCCAUACAGAAAUUACUAUAUGGUAAAAGAGCCUAUUUUCAAGAAAGAAAACUGAUGGGAUGUUUAAGCAGCCGGCUGUUCUUUUGGCUCUGUAUUGCUUAAUAGGAAGGGAGGGUACAAGAUCCUCCACUCUUAACUUCUAAGAACACUAACAGGAAAGAAAGGCCUGAGGUUGCACUGAUGAUGCUUAUGACUGACUUAUCUACUUGCCUGCAAAACUAGUUGGAUGUGAAUAAGUGUGCUUAUGCUGCUCAGGGCUUGUGAAGAGCAGUGACAUUAUUGCCAAGGGUUGUGAGAGAGGAACACUAAGCAAGGAGACAUUGAUGUUACUUAAACUCCACAGCUUUGCUUCUGUUGUCCAAAAGACACUGAACAGUCUUAAUUGUUUAAUUCUAGCUGUCUGUUUAAUGCUCAGUGGUUUUGUACUGCAGAGACCACAUCAUGAUACCUAAAUAUCCUGAUCAGAAUACCGUGUUUAUUGAAGCAAAAUACAGAUUAGAGCUUUGCAUUCCCAUAAACAGAAUGCUUUUGAGAUUUCAUACUUUAGUAGGUAAUUAAAUCUUGUAAUGUCAUUUAACACAUGGUGAUUGCACCAUCAAUUAGGGUAAUCAGUUUCUGGAGGUGUGCACUUUAAUUUACUUUUUGACUAUUAAACUGAUAAACCUUUUCUGAUCCAGAGUCAGUUUUAGAGAGCUAUAAUUUGGCUUUAAUAUGUUGUCCAUAUCAAAAAUAACACUGAGACUAUGCACAAUAUACAAGAAAGUAACAGUUCUCAGAUAAUCAUUAUGAAAACUGAAAAGAUUUAUAAGUUUUACACUUAGGAAACAUAAAAAAACUUUUGGAGUGCUUAGGAGAAUUGUGCAAAACUGGAAAUAAGGCAUUCAUUGUGGGCAGUCAUAGUAAAAUAUUUUUUUUAAAAUCUUGUAGUUUAGUUAGAGGUUAAAUUUUAGGUCUUUGUAAAGUGAUCAGAGUACAAAUUAAAAUAUUUUGUAAUUGUCUAAGGUAAAGACAGUUUGUAAAGAAGGAAUCAAGAAUUGUUAAAAUUUGUAGAUUAGGAAUAUUUUUAUUAAUGUUGCAUUGUCGUUUCUAUAGCUCAGAGUAAAUACUAAAGGAGUGGUAAAAACUUUGAAGCUUUAUUUGUAAAAAUCCGUGCCAUCUUUCAGAUUGUUUCAUUGUUCCUUUGAAGUCUCAUACUUUAUCUUUUCCAGUUAUGAUUGGAAAAUAGAUAAAAUUGGCAAAUAGAUAAAAGUAAGCUACUCAAGACAUCUGCAUGCCAGAGUAGCACUGUUUAUUAAAUUGUGCAGUGACAUAUUGGCCAUAUCAUAAGUGCCUUG